AUGUUUUCCUCCACCAACCUGCUCCGAAAGAACCCAUUCCUCCCUUCCCAGACCCAUGAUAUCGCGUUUGACCCCCUCACCGUUGACGCCAAAACCCUCGCGACCGAACUUGGUCAAGGACACCUGAGCAGCGUGGACUUGGUAGAGAGGAGCCUGGACAUGAUCCAGAAAUACGAUGGCUAUCUCCACGCCAUGCUGAGCAUCGUGCCAAGGAAGAAGCUGAAGCAGACGGCCGAAGCACUGGAUCGCGAGCGGCAACAGGGGAAGCUGCGUGGGCCAUUGCACGGGAUCCCCAUUGUUGUCAAGGACAAUAUUACGACUCAUCCCGAUCUCGGCAUGCAAACGACGUGCGGAUCUUGGGCUUUGCAAGACAUGAGGCCCCACGCAAAUGCCCCCCUUGUUGACAACGUCGCUCAUUCAAGCAGGGCUCAUCAUCAUUGGGAAGACCAACUUGAGCGUGGGUUCAUCCAACACAAUCCUCGAUGCGAAUCGAUGUUGACUUGGGGGGGUAGGAAUGGGCAUACUACCGAAGUUACACGAUCCCGAGUGGUUGGUCAGGAAGAGGUGGCCAAUGUCAGUCCGCGUACGUCCGGGGGGGGUGUUGACCCAAGCGACACCAACAAUGGUCACAGUAACCCCUGCGGAUCGUCAACGGGGUCGGCUGUCGCAGUCUCUGCCGGAUAUGCACCGCUCUCUAUUGGGACGGAGACGGAUGGAUCCCUCGUGUCUCCAGCGGCAAGGGCAGCUCUGUACACUAUCAAGCCCACUAUUGGGCUCGUGUCCCAGGACGGCGUCAUACCUAUUAGCCAUACCAUGGAUUCCGCCGGACCCAUGGCGAAGACACCAUAUGACCUUGCCACCUUGCUCGACGUGAUUGCAGGGCCUGCUGCUGAGGGCUCGGGCGACUCGUUCAUCUCAGCUCUCAAUGGUUCUUGGGGCGAGCUGUCCAUCGCCACUAUCGACUUCAAAAAAUGGUGGCCAGGAGAGGACUAUCUCAAGCCUGUGGAGAGUGCAACCAAACAAAUGCACACGGAGAUUCAGGCAGCCUACGACAAGAUGGAAGGCUUGGCAAAGAGAUACAUCGGCGACGCACCACUUCCGCUGCCCACGGCAUUCAUGCUUGACGGGCGCGACAGCGAGGACAUCAUUAUGAUGGCCGACUUCAAACAGGACAUUGACAAGUUCUUGAAGUCGGUAGAGCAUUCCAAGGUUCGUAGUCUUCGGGAGCUCAUAACUUUCAACAUUGAGCAUGCCGACGCCGAGAUGCCGGCUGGUAAGCUUCUCCUCCAGGCUUCCCAAGGCCGCUCUAAUCUUCCAUUCGCGCACCCAGGCUAUUACGACCAGCAACUUCUGCUCGAAACAGAGGACCUCAAGCUAUCAUCCGAAGACUAUGACAAACAUCUCUCUCACCUGAGAAAGGUCGCGCGGCAAGAGGGACUGGAUUGCAUUUUCCAGAAGUACGAAGUCGAUGUCAUCAUCGGAUCCAGUGACACACCCAUCACGGCUUUUGCGAGUGGAAGCGGCUAUCCUGUCGGAUCGGUGCCCUUGGGAUACCUGGACUUCAACGGAAGACCAUUUGGCCUGGCGGUGCUGGCUGCCAAGAACCAAGAGGCCAAAAUAUUGAAGUUCAUGAGUGCCUGGGAGGCCACUUUCGGUCCCAGAAAACCGCCACCAAUGCUCCAGUAG